AUGGAAAACCCAAGAGAAGAACAUCAAUAUCAUCAUUCAACUCUUCUCAUCUUUGUAAUCCUUUGCUUGCUCUCCUCUUCAAUUUCAGCCAAUGAUGAAAGUUACCAUGUCAAAGAAGAGGAGGAGUUUGAUUAUAUUGAAGGGAGCAAGCGAGGACCUGAGCAUUGGGGCAACCUAAAACAAGAAUGGACCAAAUGUAAAGAUGGCACCAUUCAAUCUCCCAUACCUUUGAGCAAAGAAAUUGCCAAACUCAACAAAGAUUUGGGCCAACUAAAUAGAAGCUACAAGCCUGGCAAUGCAACUCUUAAGAAAAAUGGCCAUCAUAUUGCGGUCGAAUGGACGAAAAAUGUGGGAUCGAUUCAAAUUAAUGGUACGAAUUACCUUCUUCAAAGAUGUCAUUGGCAUCAUCCUUCCGAGCAUAUUAUUAAUGGUGAAAGGUUUGAUUUGGAGCUUCACAUGGUGCAUGUUGCCAAUUCUUCUAAUAAACUCAACAAAAUGGCUGUUGUUGCCCUCUUAUUUCGGUUCGGCCCACCUAAUCCUUUCAUCUCCAAGAUAGCGGAUAAUUUAAAGCUCCUUGACGAAGGGAAUCGUGAAAGAGAAGUGGGAAGUUUAGACCCUUUAGAUGCAAUUAACAAAACUGAUCAUGGCCAAAACAAGAAUUACUACACCUACAUCGGCUCGCUCACGACUCCUCCAUGUUCUGAACCGGUUAUUUGGACCGUCAUGGAGCAGAUCAGUAGCGUCUCUCCAGCACAAGUAAGCCUUCUCAGAAGGAUUGUUGACAAAGGUGCAAAAAUGAAUUCAAGGCCACUGCAAGAGAUUAACCAUCGAGGCGUUUUCUUUUACGACUCAUCAUCUGAGGCCAAAAUCAACAGCGGAUCUAAAAACUUAUAUCAGAGAGAAAUUGUAGCUGUUACAUCAAACUAA